UCUUUCUUAAGUCACUUCAAACAGUGUCCAUGCCUGUUGCUUUACUGCACUGAGAUCUGAGCGAGCAGCAGGCUGACAGAGAAGGGGAGCGCAGACACUGAGCAGGGGUGAAGCUGUUCAAAAAUGGAGAUGGAUGCAACACGGAUUAGAGCUGAAGCGAGUCACUUGACUGAUGGGAGGAAGACACCACCCACCAAUUACCUGCAGCCUUUUCCCCUCCUGAAGCCUUCCAGAUUCCCACAUCUGGGGGACACAUUCAGCAGGAGCUUUCUAGACUACAGACCUGAGCACCUCAUGGGGUUCGAGAGGUUCCACGUAACCUCGGAAGGUUCUCGAAAACGCAAGAGGACUCCCUUCAAAGUGACACAAGUCCCGCGAGACGUGGAAUCCUCUGACGAGAUGGGCGAGGAGAGCAGCAGCAGAAAGACCGUGGACCUGUCUCACCUGCCUUAUCCUCCCCCCCACCCCCCUCCCCCACCGCAGCCAACAUACAACCCUCAAAUGAUAGACCUGAGCAGGUUUCAGUUUUACAGAGCGCUGGAUCGCUUUGAUACCAGGCGGGUGAAGCAGGAGCCCAUCCAACACGACGUCAUGUGGUCCAGCAGUCCACUCAUGAUGCACCCUCCCUCUCCUUACUUUUCCAAAAUCCAUCCCAGAAUGAUUCCCUUUCCUUUCCUCAUGCCGAACCCAGCCAUGCAUUUCCCACACAGGUUCUAUCCCAACGAAUCCCUGGUCAAUCACAGAGCCGACGAAAACGAGAAAGGGCAGGACAGUGGCGAAAGGGUGGACGUCAACAUCCACAUCGAUGACAGCUACUAUGUGGACAUGGGAGGCGGCCAGAAGCGCUGGAAGUGCCGCAUGUGCGAAAAGUCCUACACCUCCAAAUACAACCUGAUCACCCACGUCCUGGGCCACAGCGGCAUCAAGCCUCACUCCUGUAAUCAGUGUGGGAAGCUCUUCAAGCAACUCAGCCACCUGCACACCCACAUGCUGACACACCAGGGGACCAGGCCUCACAAGUGCCAGGUGUGCCACAAAGCCUUCACCCAAACCAGCCACCUGAAGAGACACAUGAUGCAGCACAGCGACGUCAAGCCCUACACCUGCAGGAUCUGUGGCCGGGGCUUCGCCUACCCCAGCGAGCUCAAAGCCCACGAGGUGAAGCACGAGGGAGGCCGGGAGAAUAUCUGUGUGGAGUGUGGCCUGGACUUCCCUACUCUGACCCAGCUGAAAAGACACCUGAACGCCCACAGGGGCCCUGCCCAGUACACCUGCACAGAGUGCGAUAAGACUUUCCAGUACCCCAGCCAGCUGCAGAAUCACAUGAUGAAACACAAAGACAUUCGGCCCUACAUCUGUACUGAGUGUGGCAUGGAGUUUGUUCAGCCCCACCAUCUCAAACAGCACACUUUAAUCCAUAAGGGUGUGAAAGAACACAAGUGUGGGAUCUGUGGGCGGGAGUUCACCCUGCUGGCAAACAUGAAGCGCCAUGUUCUCAUUCACACCAACAUCCGAGCCUACCAGUGCCACCUCUGCUUCAAGAGCUUUGUGCAGAAACAGACUCUAAAGGCACACAUGAUCGUGCACUCAGACGUCAAACCCUACAGAUGCAAGCUGUGUGGAAAGGAGUUCAACCGAAUGCACAAUUUAAUGGGCCACAUGCACUUGCACUCAGACAGUAAGCCAUUCAAGUGUCUUUAUUGCCCGAGCAAAUUCACUCUGAAAGGAAACCUCACCAGGCACAUGAAGGUCAAGCACGGCGUGAUGGGUGGAGGACUCAGCUCACAAGGCUUCAGAAGGAGAGGAAGGUUCCGACUGUCAUCCCAAACAGAUGUGGUGGCCAGCUUUGUGCAGCAGGAGCCGUUUGACCUUUCCCAGAAGAGAAGACCUAAGCUGCGGGUGUCUCACUCAGACGGAGAAAGUGCCAAGGGCAGCUCGUGUCAGGAAGAAGAGGAAGACAGCUACAGGAUGGGCCAGUACAGCCCUGAGGACUAUCACCAUGGCAUCAGCGCAUUCCUGCCUCCGAAUCUGGCUUACAAACAGAAGGGCCUGGCUGAGGCCUUUACAGAAGCACAGGGAGCCAAGGAGGAUGGAGAUGUGACGAAGGAGCAAGUGGGAAAAGAGGAAGAGGAAGAGGAGGAAAAACAAAAGUAUUACCUGAUGAAGGAAAAGUAUCCUCGUAUACAGUAUUUUCCAAACCAGCUGAGUGAUUCUUCAGGUCAAUUCUACACUCAAAACAUUAGAAGGAACAGGAGAUACAGCAUUCAAAGCCGAGCGAUGAUAGAAAACUGAGAAAUACACUGUGCUCUUUGUCUGAUAGGCUUCAAAAGCAUUCCCUUCCAAAACUAAUGUGAAGGACAUUACCAUUAGAGAAAACAUGUAUCCAUCCUGUGAAGACUCUUAUCGUCACAAGAAGCUAGGAUUGGUGGUUAAAUGAUAGAUCAAGUUCUGGAUUGGUUCAUGAUGGGAUAUGUGGGUAGGAUAUGAAAUUAAGCUGUUCAAUAUACAGGUAGUGGACAAAAAAAAUGGAAACACCAAUGUAAAGUCACUUAAUAGGGCGUUGGGUCACUAUGGUAUCCAGCUCUGUGGUUUUCUCGGCUGACUUUUUGCUGCUCACACCCCAGGUUGAUCUGCAGUUGCUCGCCUGUUUUGCCUUGCACUUCUAAUUAAUGCACGGAUAUCACGAUCCUGGAGUAUGCGCAUCUGCCCACUGUUGCCCUUUUCUGAUGAUGUCUUUCCCUCGGAGUUCAAUGCCGACAUCACCUUAGACACUGUUGCUCAUUAAACAUCAACAAAUAAUGUGCACUAAUUGCUUUUUAAUAUGUGUUACAAAGUUUGUUUGUUAUACCAUGAUAUGUGGUUAUGGUGUAUUACUGUUUCAACACUCAUGAAUGUUUGACAUGUUUAUUAAAGUCCUCAGCAUAUUUUACCUUUGGGACUGUAUCUGUGCAAACCUGAGCAAAGUGGGAAACCAGUAAUGAGGCAAUAUAAAAACUCUCUCUGACAAACCUCACACCCCCAAUAUCUGUGAGUGCAGAAACAGUAAUAGGUGGUGAUUAAGAACACACAGCAUGGGAUAAUAAACUGAUAACAUUGUUUUUAUAAUAUGCACAUUCAGAGUGUAUACAGUACUCAUCUGAACUUGAGUUUCAUCACAUAUGAUGUUCAGGUAUUUAUUGUUUUUUUGACACAACACAAAUGGAUUGCUAAUGUAAGGACAGAACUGAAAUAAGGGAGCCUAUAUACAAAGCUCAUGCGUUAUUUAAUGAAUGCUUAUGUAACUUCAUUAUUUAAGUGAGUUAAAGCUGUGUAGCUAUGAUACACUGACGUUCUAGAUCCAGACCUACAGUUCUUGCUUCUUAGCACAACAAAAUGUAUAUACUUUACUAAAGAAAACAAACAUGGAUCUUAAUUUGUUACAAACAACCAUGUUACUUAUUAACUGACAUGUUUCCUUUUGAAUUUAUUUGAAGUUAAACAUAAUUUUUUUUUAUCAUAUUUGUGAUAAAAUAAACGACUGCACAGUAAUUUAAGAUGAUUUAAUAUUAGGUUUAAGGUUUAUUAUAAAUAAUGAUUGCUUCAUGUGAAUUUAAAGUCAAUUCUAUAAGCUUUAACACAGAUUAUAAAAUGUUACCAUGAUAUCUUUCCUGUUAAUACAAUGUAUGUUCUCCAUAGACAAGGGCAUUACACUUUUCAAUACAUAUUUCCAAUUGUUGGCAAAUAAUUACAUUUUUUUUAAAACUAUUUGUUUGCUUUUGAGUUUCAAUCUUUCAUUUGUAUUGACAGAAGAAGGGAAGAGGGUAUCAUUCUUGGCAGAAUCCAUGCAUUAAACCUAUGGUUAAGAGUUAACCUGCAGUCAUCUUAGAAAAUGUAGCUGAGCAAGCAAGUUACCUGUGCAGUGCUGUAUGUGACAUGGCCUGAUUGCACAGGAAGGGAAACAAAAAGCUGCUGCAAAACCAAUAACAUGUAAGAAACAGUGCUGAUAAUACAGAUAACAUGUAAGAAACAGUGCUGAUCAUACCAAUAACAUGUAAGAAACAGUGCUGAUAAUACAGAUAACAUGUAAGAAACAGUGCUGAUCAUACCAAUAACAUGUAAGAAACAGUGCUGAUAAUACAGAUAACAUGUAAGAAACAGUGCUGAUCAUACAAAUAACAUGUAAGAAACAGUGCUGAUAAUACGGAUAACAUGUGAGAAACAGUGCUGAUCAUACCAAUAACAUGUAAGAAACAGUGCUGAUAAUACAGAUAACAUGUAAGAAACAGUGCUGAUCAUACAGAUAACAUGUAAGAAACAGUGCUGAUAAUACGGAUAACAUGUAAGAAACAGUGCUGAUCAUACAGAUAACAUGUAAGAAACAGUGCUGAUCAUACAGAUAACAUGUAAGAAACAGAGCUGAUAAUACAGAUAACAUGUAAGAAACAGUGCUGAUAAUACAGAUAACAUGUAAGAAACAGAGCUGAUAAUACAGAUAACAUGUAAGAAACAGUGCUGAUAAUACAGAUAACAUGUAAGAAACAGUGCUGAUCAUACAGAUAACAUGUAAGAAACAGAGCUGAUAAUACAGAUAACAUGUAAGAAACAGUGCUGAUAAUACAGAUAACAUGUAAGAAACAGUGCUGAUAAUACAGAUAACAUGUAAGAAACAGUGCUGAUCAUACAGAUAACAUGUAAGAAACAGAGCUGAUAAUACAGAUAACAUGUAAGAAACAGUGCUGAUAAUACAGAUAACAUGUAAGAAACUGGAUUCAGCGCUCCUUUAAAACAGACUCCAUCAUCACAUGCAAACAGAAGCCUCUUUUCCUGGUAUGGGGCUGCACUUGUAUACUCUUUCUGUAAUGUUAAAAUAAGAAUAGUGACUUUUAUGACAAAACAGAUACACCCGGUGCCAUAUGCUGCCUAUGAAUUGUAUAACUGAGACCCGUUUAACUAAGCUAACUGCAGCCAAUUAAAUGCAUUAGUGCAGCAUCUUACUUAAAUACAGAUGAUUAUACAGUAUUUGAGUGUAUGUGAGAUAUAUUGCUAUGAAUAAAGCACUGCUGUUAUUGAA